ACCUCGCCCUCGCCUAGAUACGAGAAAGCGUCGCUUCAUGGUCGCUACGGAGAGAGGGAUGGGUCCGUGUAGUUAAAACACACUUCUGUGGACUUUCCCACGCAGUUAGGACAACUUACUACGAUGGCAGUCCGCGGGAAACGCUUCUCGGUCGUUUCGUUAACGACUCUACAAAGUUUUACCGGUUGUAUAUCCACGUUUCGGUGCUACUAACGUUAGCGCAUUGAUCUAUCUUGGCAUGACAGAUAAAGAUUAGUUAGCAUGCUAGCGAGCUAGCCACACUGCCCCAGCAUCACACAUCGACCACACCUGCCAGUGACAGUGUGGCUGCAGGUUCCUAGCAGACAUGGGCAAACUACAGAGCAAGUUUCGCAAGAGGUCUGAACUCUACAGGACAACUCAGGGAGAGAAGGCAGAUAAUACCUUUGACAGUCAGGUGGUGCAGUAUGAACCUGCUCAUCAAGGGUCCAUCAACACUGUCACCAAUCUCAGUCCAGAUCUGUGUGUUUCCGGUGGGACUGACCAGGCUGUGGUGGUGUAUGACUGGAAACAAGGCCGGAUGUGUCAGUCCUUUCAGGGUCACAACCGAGAGGUUACCAAGGUGGUGUGUUAUCCAGGAAGUACAUGGAUCUUUAGUGCCUCACGGGACAAGACUGUUUUGAUGUGGGACCUAAACCAGGGAGACGAACCUAUUCAGGAAUUUUGUGGUCAUGAGUUGGUGGUCAAUGGUCUAGCCAUCAGCCCUGAGGGGAGAAAGCUGUGCACCGGUUCUCGUGACAACUGGAUGUGCCUGUGGGAUAUUGAAUCUGCAAAAUGUGAACAGAGACACAACAUUUCUAGAAACCUGGUCACUCAUGUGUGUUGGGUACCGGGCAGCUCCUCUGUAGUCCAGACCUCUGAGGAUAAGACCAUAAGGGUGUGGGACAGCCGUGCAUGGCAGGUGACCAAUACUUUUCCAGCCAAGCAAUACAUCCAGACCCACUGUGACGUUUCUCCAAAUGGAAACUACUUGGUGUCCAGUAGCAACGGCUUCGGAGGCCAGGGCUGUGAAGCCACGCUCUGGGACCUGCGUCAGCCAGGCUGUAAAGUUGUGGAGUACAGAGGCCACCUCCAGACCACAGCAUGCUGUAUGUUUCUGCCUGUGCCUCCUGGAAGCACAGCACGGGUAGCAACGUCCUCCCAUGACGGCUCUAUCAAAAUCUGGGAUCAGAACACAGCAGCCUGUUUAGCGACGCUGGCUCUAGAUGGCGCUGGUCCACUGGUUUCUCUGUCUCCCAAUGACACCACCAAUCUGCUGUGUGCCAGCUUCAACUCUGGCCUACACCAUAUCCAGGUGGGCCAGGGAUCAAACCAGGCUCAGGGAUCUGGGGCAGGUUCAGGUGGAGCUGGUGGCCUGGACAUAAAAGUUCUGUCACGCUUCUGACAACCCAGAAGAGCCUGGUGUGACUAAUAACCUUGUGAGCAGCAUCACUGGAUAUCCAUAUCCAUGGUCAUGCCAUGUUCUUUUUUUUCUUUUCUUUUUAAAAAAAAUAAUUUUACGUACUUCUAUACAUUUUUUUGCUUAACUAGACUGCCAUACAGUAAAGAAUGAAAGAAGAGGUAAGUAUGAAAAGGAAGGGGCGAUACUGAAUGGAGGAUGCACCUUUUUGUCCAGCUGAGCCACAUGGAUGCCCAUCAUAGCUGCUCUUCUAGGAAACUGGUCUGUAAGUCAUAUUAUCCAUUAAUUGAUGAGACCAUAAACACCAUAAUGAUCCUGCAUGGAUUGCUGCCUUCUUGGACCAAGCCAGAAUAACUGGGGAUUUUAUACACUACUUCGGCUAGGUGGGGUUGACGAGGUGCUUCGUGCACAUGUUGUAUUGCUUAAAGUGGUGUUUGGAAAUUUGGAAGCAUUUGGACAUAGCAGGAAAAUAUUUGGACAGGUUUUAAAGGUGAGACUGGUAAAUUGGAAGCCAAAUAGAAUUUCAGACUAAGAGUAUGUCAUUGUUUUUUUCCUGGAUAAAAUGUAGUAGCUGCAGUCAGACCUGCAGUCUGGUAUAUUUAAAACUUUGUGGAAAAUUUUUGUUUUUAUCACCAAAACAGAGUCAUGAGGAACAUGUACAAUGUUGAUAAUAAUGUAACCGUUGAUUAGUUUGUACUGUAGCUUUCACCUGUCAAGUUUUAGACCAAAUGAAUACCUACAACACAAAACUGUAUAAACAUGCAUUGUUUUAGGUAGAAUUCAAUUGAUAAAGGUUUUUAAAGAUACAGAUUCUGAUAUUUUUUAAGUGAAGCUGUCGAUAUCCAAUAUAUUUAAAUUUGAAUAUACUAUGCAAACUACCUGAGUUGGGAGAAUUAGAAAUCGCUGUACUUUAGCCAGAAACUGUUAAUAUUAGCAGCCUUAAGUGAGUGAAUUUGGCUGCAUGUUACAUUCCUACCUAAACUAAUUAUUGACAGAACAUACGUUAAACCACUGUUGUAUUUGAAGUUUGAUACUGAGUACUUACUUGCAGUUUCAGUACUUAACCUUUUGUUUGUAGAUAUCCAGGUGAUCAUUUCUCCCAAAGGCAGUGGCUGCUAACUCAUCUAAUUCCAUUUUAGAGAACUGUCUGCAACUAGAGGAACAAUAUUGGACAGGCCAGGUUGUGGAUCACAUUAACCAGUUUAGCUGUAAUGUACUCUAGGGUGAUGCCAAAAACAGGUAUAAAUUGGUUUAAUACCUACUGAACUUUGUUCCAGACAGACAAAACACAGCAACAAAAGGUUGCAGGCUACAGUGAAAACUAGGUCCAGUGUGUAACAUUUAGGGGGAUCUACUGGCAGAAAUGGCAUAUAAUAUGCAAAACUAUGUUCAUUAUUAGUGCAUAAUCACCUGAAAAUAAGAAUCAGUAUGUUUUUGUUACCUUAGAAAAAGACUUUUAUAUCUGCAGAUGCUGCGGGCCUACAGGUCGCUUUCCAUAGAGGCCGCUAUGUUUCUACAGCAGCCCAGAAGGGAAAAACCCAACACUGGCUCUCGACAGGGGCAUUUGCGUUUUGCAGCCACCAUAGUUUCUCCUUCGCGCUUGGAAGGGGAGGGUGAAGCGAGGGAGUUGCAAUCUGUAACCACACCACUAGAUGCGACUAAAUCCUACACACUGGUCCUUUUUAAAAGUAGCAAUAAGAAAACUCAUUCAACUGUGAUGUGUGGCUCUGUUAUACGGUGCUAGGGAGUCCACGUUCAAUAAUUCAUUAUUUUUCUACAAUUUAAAGAACACCGGUAGGGAACCAAAGAUUAUCAGACAUUUGCUUUUGUGAGGAUUUACUGUUUGGGUAUUUGUCACUCUACAUCACCAGUUGAUUCAAUUUUAUCUGUGUUUGAUACAUUAUGAUUAAGCAAUAAAUAAGGCAUUUUAUAAUGUCUGAGGAACAAA